CCACCAGACUUGAAAUCAUACACAUACACGUGGGCAACAUGGCGACAGUUUUCGGCCUCUCUCUUGGCAACCACCAGGGGGUUAUAUCUGUUUUUAAAAACGGAAGGAGUGAAGUCCUAGCUAACGAAUCUGGUGAGAGGGAAACCCCAAUGCUAGUCACUUACAAGGACGACACCAUUUUGGUCGGUUCAGCUGCAAAAGGGGCAUUAUAUAGAAACUUUCAGUAUACAGCGAUUGCAAUGCCAUCUCUACUGGGGACAGAUUUGAAUGAAAAUGAGGAGAAGAAAGUGUCUAAUAUUACGAUUAUCAAGAAAGGCGGUAAUAUAUGUUACAAGUUUGAAAGGGAAGGAAAGCCACGCCUAGUACCAGUUAAAGACACUUUGGGAAAAGUAUUGGAACAAUUAGCAGCUACAGCAAGAUCAUGUGAGUCAGUCAGUUCUGGUAGUAUCCACUGCGUACUAUCAGUACCCAUUCACUAUGAUACUGAUCAUGUAUCACUUCUCAAACAGUGUGUAGAGACUCAUGGAUUUACUGUCAUAUCGACCCCGCCCUCACCAAUGUUAUCAGUACUACCCUAUGGACUCGAUAAGGAUUCUUAUACCGGUCAUGUCCUUGUGUACGAUGUCGGUGUCAACUCAAUCAGUUUAACAGUGAUAAGAUUAAUUAAUGGACUAAUGAAACUGGUAGGGACCCGUACCAUUAAUGGAGUGGGUGGGUAUGACAUUGAUCAAGAACUGCUGUCUGUAUUGAAGGAUGAAUGUAAAAGAUAUUUCCGUAAAGAUGUCACAGGAGGUAAAUAUGCUGUUAAUAAAUUGUUAGCAGCUGCUGAGUCAUUAAAGCAAUCAUUGACUAAUCAGCAAACAGGACCAGUCUAUGUGGAGUCACUCCAUGAUGGAAUGGACUUCCAAUGUAAUGUAACAAGGGGAAGAUUUGAGGGGGUCUGUCAGUCAAUAUUCACUUCAUUCCUGGACCCUAUUCAAGGGUUCUUAAAUUCACUUGGCUUAACUGGCUCCAAUAUAAAUAAAGUCAUUUUGAUUGGUGGGACGUGCAAGAUACCACGCCUACAGCAGCUGAUGAAAGAUGUUUUCUCGAGCAGUGAAGUGUAUUAUUUUAUUUCGACGGAUCAUGUUGUGUCGUUGGGAGCUGCUUUAGAAGCAUCUUAUCAUCAAGUCACUUCAGGUCUCUCCCUCUCCUCUACCAUACCUGUCACUACUAAUGACCUCUCCUUAACUUUUUCUAAUUGUGUGACUCCAGCAAGUGUUGUGCUACUUGGAAAGCAUACACCAUUACCAGUUUGUAAAACUAUUAAUACUAAGAUUGAAGUAAGUGAGCCUGGGAGACCUGUUAUUAUAGCCAUCAAAGAGACUGCAGUGUUAGGAGAGUUGGAAGUUCCUCCAUUGGCUAGUGAUGAGAAUGGCAAUGUCCUCAAUUUUGAAGUUAAAUUUUUAUGGAAUUCACGUGAUGGAUCGUUAAAUGAUCCAUUACUAACAGUCAGAGAGGUGGGCUCUAAUUGGAAAUCUGAACUUUUACUUUCAUGUAAAAAUUAAUUGCAUUUUAAUCUAUUUAUUAUUAUUAUUAUUAUUAUUAUUAUU